CCUCUUUCUCAGUCAGCGCAGGACGUCUUGUCAUCCAUUGUCUCCCUCCUCUUUCAAUUUGUUCUUCAAUCUCUUGCUCUGUUGCUUCUCCCUUUCCCAUUCUCUUGCUCACCUCGUGUCUAUUGGAACUCCAUUACACUCAUAAUCCCACACAACUAAAUUCUUUCCCAGACGAUAAUAAUUUUUACCCACUAUCAUGUCCGGGAUUCUCAAGAAUAUUUGGGCAAAUUCCCCUCUCAACUCAACUUUUAGAGUUCCAGGCGUAGAACUUCCCCUUGGCUCUGAAGAACCCCUCAUGCACGCUACCGACAAGGAACUUGCGCUCGACGAGCAGGUCAGCGACAAAUGCGAACUUCGUAUUCAGGGUAUGACUUGUGGUGCCUGCGUCGAGGCCAUUGAAGGCAUGCUACGUCAACAAGAAGGCAUUCACUCGGUUAAAGUCGCGCUGUUAGCUGAGAGGGGCACUGUAGAAUUCAAUCCUCAGAAAUGGGAUAUUGAUAAAAUCAUGAACGAAAUCUCGGAUAUAGGCUUUGACGCUACCCUCAUUCCACCUAUUCGCGAAGAUACGGUCACAUUACAAAUUUAUGGCAUGACUUGCUCAUCAUGCACCAACACUGUUGAGACUGGUCUGUCAGUUGUGCCAGGUAUCCUCAGCGUGUCGGUAUCGCUCGCAACAGAGACAUGCCACAUCCAGUUCGAUCGCUCCUUAAUCGGUCCACGGGAGAUAGUCUCUCGAAUUGAAGACAUGGGAUUCGAUGCUAUGCUCUCCGCAGAGAACGAUAGCACCCAGCUGCAGUCCCUAACUCGGGCCAAAGAAGUCAUGGAGUGGCGCUCGAGGUUUCUCUGGAGUCUCACGUUUGCCGUUCCUGUCUUUUUUAUCUCAAUGGUGGCCCCUCGAAUCCCUUUCUUCCGUCCAAUUCUGAAUUUCCGGAUAUGUAAUGGGUUGUACCUCAGCGACCUGGUCAUUCUCUUACUCACCAUUCCGGCCCAAUUUUGGGUUGGUGCCAGAUUUUACCGCAACGCCUACAAAUCUCUCAAACAUGGAACUGCUACCAUGGAUGUCCUAGUCAUGCUCGGCACAUCUGCGGCAUUUGUCUACUCCCUUCUCACCAUGAUUUUCGGACUCUUGAACCCUACGCCCGACUACCAUCCCAUGCUUUUUUUCGAUACCAGCACCAUGUUGAUAAUGUUCGUAUCCAUGGGACGGUAUUUGGAGAAUAAAGCCAAAGGCCGUACCAGUGCAGCUCUUACUGAUUUGAUGGCUCUCGCCCCAUCUAUGGCUACAAUUUACACUGAUCCACCCUCGUGUACACAGGAGAAGAAGAUUCCCACCGAACUCGUCGAAGUGGGAGACACAGUCAAAGUCGUCCCAGGUGAUAAGAUACCCGCUGACGGAACGGUAGCCCGUGGGACUUCCUCGGUUGAUGAAAGCGCCAUCACUGGCGAGGCUGUGCCUGUUCUCAAGCAAAAGGGUGACACCGUCAUUGGAGGAACAGUCAACGGUUUGGGGACUUUUGAUAUGGUUGUCACUCGUGCGGGCAAAGACACGGCACUCGCUCAGAUCGUUCAACUCGUGCAGGACGCCCAGACCUCGAAGGCACCCAUCCAAGCAUUUGCGGACAGGGUCGCGGGAUACUUCGUCCCGAUUGUGAUUUCCCUUGCUUUGUUGACGUUCUUUGUAUGGAUCGUAAUUUCGAGUAUUCUUAAGGACGACAGCCUCCCGAUGAUGUUCCACAAGCACGGGGCAACCAAGUUAUCUGUGUGUCUUCAGAUAUGCAUCAGUGUCAUUGUCGUAGCCUGCCCGUGCGCCCUAGGUCUGAGCACGCCAACAGCUAUCAUGGUCGGGACUGGUGUAGGUGCAAACAACGGUAUCUUGAUCAAAGGUGGCCGCGCGCUGGAAGCUAGUCGAAGCGUCAAGAGAGUCGUUAUGGAUAAAACAGGGACUGUUACCGAGGGUAAGCUUAGCGUUACCGGUAUGCGAUGGGUCACUGGCGCGUCGGAGCAUGUCGCCGAGGAGCCCUAUGGGGAUUCGAGCAUCGAGGGCAUGUCCGCUGAUGGUACAACGUCUCGAAAGGCGAUCAUUGCCAUGGUCAGCGCCACAGAGGCGAGGUCGGAACAUCCACUUGCAAAGGCUGUCGCUGUCCAUGGAAAAGACCUGCUCAAGAAUGAUCCUUCCCUACCUGAACCCGUCAUGGAACAGUUCGAAAGCGUCACUGGCGCCGGCGUGAAAGCAGUCUUCAAACUCUCGGGCUCGAAGUACUCGGUUCUCGUUGGCAAUGCCAAAUUCAUCGUUCGGAGUGACGACGGAUAUCUCCCUUCUUCUCUGUCAACUUAUGAAGACCAAGAAACUAAACUUGGACGCACAGUCAUCUUCGCCUCCUUACUGAAGGAUGGCUCCUCAAAGAUCCCCCUCCCUAUCAUGGCAAUUUCGUUGUCAGAUGUCCCUAAACCCUCUAGCAAGUAUGCCAUCCGGGCGCUACGGAAGAUGGGCAUCGAGGUCAACAUGAUGACAGGGGAUAGUAAAGCUACCGCUGUGGCUAUCGCAAAGGAAGUCGGUAUCUCGUCUGAAGGUGUCUGGGCUAGUAUGUCACCUAAAGGAAAGGCUUCCAUGAUUACCGAGCUAAUAGAGAAGCACGGCGAAGGUGUUGCAAUGGUCGGGGAUGGGAUCAAUGACUCGCCCGCCCUCGUAGCAGCAACUGUAGGCAUCGCUCUGUCUUCAGGAACUUCAGUUGCCAUUGAGGCCGCCGAUGUUGUCCUCAUGCGAUCCGAUCUUUUGGAUGUUGUUGCGGCGCUUCACCUCUCCAGACAGAUCUUCUCGGUGAUUAAGCGAAAUCUUUUGUGGGCUUGCAUCUACAAUCUGCUCAGUAUUCCUCUCGCGAUGGGUUUCUUCCUUCCCGUUGGGCUUUACAUGCACCCGAUGUUAGCUGGCGCUGCCAUGGCGUUCUCAAGUGUCAGUGUUGUUACCAGCUCCCUGACCUUGAAGUGGUGGAGACGCCCUGCAGAUAGUUUAAUGCCUGACGAGAAGGUUGAGAGUGCAACUUCGAUAGACAUGUUCUCAGUUGUAGGGGACGCCUGGGAUAGUCUGAGGAAUUUGGUUAGAGGGAACGGCGCCGGAAAGUCUGGUUAUCGUCAACUACCAAUGGAGAUGAGCACUGCAGUUUGAUGGACCAUCCGUUUCGCCUAUUUAAUUGCUGUAUUUAUUCCUGAGGGUGUAAAGUUGUCGUUUGCUCAGUGUAUACAAUAAUACUUGUCUCUGGAAAUAAUUUUUGCAA